AUGGAAGAAAAUGCACGACGAGACCCAGAGCGCCCAGACGACUCCGACGACGAGUCCAACCGGGCCGUGCUGCCUCUCCUCCAGCCACCUGGCAACCAGCAGUCCCACAGGAUCACCAACUUUUACAUCGAUAACAUUUUAAGACCGGACUUCGGCCGCAAGAGGAAGGACGGGACUUUGGUCCGGGAGGGAGACAGUCUGGGAGUGAUCAGAGAGAGAAAGUCCUCCAAAACUGGCAACCCGCGGCAGGGUGGAGCAGGAGGCGAGGAGGAGGAGGAGGAGGAGGAGGACACGGCAUCAUCCAACGACCGGCAUCAGGACACUGAGGCCAGGAGGCCUGUCCUGAUAGCCGGUGAUAAGGCUGUGAAGGGCCGGGGGAGCAGCGGGGGCCGUAGCCCUCAGGCCAACCCGGCCCCUGCGUCCAAACCGAUGCUGUGGCCAGCCUGGGUCUAUUGUACCCGCUACUCGGACCGUCCGUCAUCAGGGCCAAGAUCCCGUAAACCAAAGAAGGCGCCGACCCCGAGUAAAGAGGACAAGCGGCCCCGGACGGCCUUCACCGCGGAGCAGCUGCACCGGUUAAAAACGGAGUUCCAGAGCAACCGGUACCUGACCGAGCAACGGAGGCAGAGCCUGGCCCAGGAACUUGGCCUCAACGAAUCUCAGAUCAAAAUCUGGUUUCAGAACAAGCGGGCCAAAAUCAAGAAAACCACCGGGAAUAAAAACUCUCUGGCGCUGCAUCUAAUGGCGCAGGGACUGUACAACCACUCCACGGCCAAGGACGUCAAUAAGUCGGACAGCGACUAG